CUGCGUGACAGGUCCGUAGGAGGUUUCCUAUAGGUUUAAACAGGCAGUGUGGGUUUACAACGAGGAAAGCGGAGACACGAUUACAAUGAAUUUGUAAAUAAAAUCUUGUAGAGACAUGAGACUCGCUGUAUACGCGUUUUGCGGCUUUGCUCUUGUGCUUUUGCUCGUGGGUUUGCGGGAAUUACUGUUUGGUUUCGGGGAGAACCGAUGCAGCAUGACAUACAUGUUCGAGUACCCAGAAUACCGACGUGUGCAGCUUCCAAAGCGUGUCGCGCGCCAGUACCCAUCAUACGGGCUGUAUCUCUAUGGAGAGGGCACAUAUGCUCAGGAGACCAGGGGACUCAAGCUCACUGGGGCUCCUGUGCUCUUCUUGCCUGGGAACGCGGGCAGCUACAAGCAAGCUCGUUCUUUGGGUUCAGUGGCGUUGAGGAAGGCUGAGAACCUGGACAGACGAAUCCAUAUGAACGUGUUCACCAUUGACUUCAACGAGGAGUUGGUGGCCCUGUAUGGGGGCAGUUUGCGCAGACAGACUCAAUUUCUACAUGAAAGCAUCAAAGCCAUCUUGCGCCUUUACAAGGACCGUCCAGACCCUCCCACAGGUGUGGUUCUAGUGGGUCAUUCCAUGGGUGGAGUGGUGGCAAGAGCAUUGUUCACCCUGGCACGUUUCAACCCACGCCUGGUCAGCCUCAUCAUCACCCAGGCCUCACCCCACCAGGCACCUGUCCUGUCUCUGGACCCUUAUAUACUGGAGUUUUACUCUACAGUCAGACAUCGCUGGACCACAAAUGCUGAAGACCUUCGAAAUGUAACCGUUCUCUCUGUGGGUGGUGGUUACCUUGACUUCCAGGUGCGCUCUGGUUUGACAGCACUGUCCUGCCCCAUCGAUGACCUCAAUAAGAUGUCAGUAGUGGCGACUGCAGUUCCCCGAACCUGGGUUUCCACAGAUCACAUUUCCAUCGUUUGGUGCAAGGAGCUGGUUCUGGCCACAGUCCGGGUGUUCUUUGACCUUAUUGAACUUGAAACAGGGCAGUUCACAGAGAGUCCUGAGAAGCGAAUGUCAGUGCUGAACUAUCACUUCUUUAGACAUCCAGUGCUUCAGCCUGGAGGAGCACAGGAUGCCCCUGUCACUUUCUCAGCUCCUCCUGAGGCGUGGAAGGAGGUCAACACACUCCGUCUGUUCUACAGUGCCCCCAAGGAAGCUCAAGUCAUGUACUUCCUGUUUGCCCUCUCCAGUCGAAGGAAAGCCUACAGUCAUUUCCACUGCCGCAGUAAUAAUAUGGAAAUGACCAGCUGGCUGUAUGGUUGUACACAGAUGAGUGGCUCAAUGUGUGUUCAGGCAGUAGAUCUCUCAUCUCAGACAGAACUUCUUCCAGCCUAUAAGGCUGUUACAGUGAAAAUCAGCGAACUUUUGUCUGUCUCUCAUCUCAUUAUUGACGCCUCAAACCCCAGUGGAACAGAGUUUGUAGUGGAGUGUGAGCUGCAGAGAGCGAAGAGCUUGACUGUCUCAGUGCAGGUGCCUCAUGUGCUGUCCUUUGGUCUGACUGUUAGUGACAUCAGCAUAAACUCCUCUGGGCUGCUUCAUACACUACAGCUGCAGGACUUUCAUCAGAUCUAUCAAGCUUUCAGAAUAACAAUCAUGAGUCACUGCAAAACCACUAAAGACAGACUGCCCAGUGUGUACAGACUGAGGGUACCUUGGUUUCGUGAAGACUUCUUUGAUACGGCAAGUAUUCCUUCGGUAUCUGACAUCUACAGCAUGCUUCACACCAGCCGCCCAGACAACACCUCCAGUGCCCUCCUGCAGCUCCACACUGCCCCCAACUGCCAAUACAAGGUGUCUAUUCGGACUUCGUUUCCCAAAGUGCUUGGGCAGAUUCUGCGUUUCUGUGGUCCAGUUCUGCCCAUUUACUCGGCUGCAGUACUUCUUCUGAUGAUCAGGGCUCAGCUGAGCUCCAUCAAAAGAUCUGGACAUCCUGCUGGAAUGCAAGAGGGCAUGAGUAAAUCGUUACAGUUCCACAAACUGGAACUGCCCGUCCUCCUGCUGCUGCUGCUGCUCAGGCAGAGCUGGUUUCAGGAUGUCUGGUCCUCUCUGGGUCUCCCUGCGGUGGAUUCUCUUCCUCUAAACUCUGUGGAGGACCUAUCCCAGGAUCCAAAGGCCUCUGUGCAGGAAUGGCCCCGUAUAGUGUCCCCACUGCUCUGUGUGCUCGGUUCAUCCAUUGCAUUCUGGGGUAGCGCAGUCCUCAGAGUGUUUGUCUGCUUCCUGUCCUUUGUUCUUGCUCCACUGCACAGACCUUCAGUGUCCCGGGAUUGUGGCACGCUUCCUCUUCAUUCUCAGAUUCUCCUGAUAAUCUUUUUAAGUGUGUUGGGAGGCGUCACAUGUGGAGCAUUGGCCCUUAUGGUCUCCUCUCUUCUCCACCUCUACAGGGUGCUUAGAUUACAGAUGACAGAGAGGUCCCUGAGCCACAUGUUGAACCUGGCACCCCAGAAAGUUUCACAAAAAUCAGAAAAUGGAUUCCGUGCCAGUGAUUGUCACAGUAUGGUUAAAGAAUGUAACGGCAGCCCUUUACUGACAGAAUCAGUGCUACAAGACGUCAGAGAUGAUCUGCAGCUCCACUUUAGUCUGUCCACACUGCUUACUCUCACCAUGAUGCUCACCAUCCCUUCCCUUAUCCACUGGAGGCACAAUCUCAGAUAUUGGGUUCAUCUGGAUCCUGACCCCUGCUGGCCUCACGUUGUACCCCUGCUCAUCAGCUCUGUUCUGCUCAUCAACUGUAACACAGUUACACUCCUGCGCAGCAAACUGAUGCUGAAUCUGACGCUUCAUCUACUCUUGCCACUGUGUGUGGGCAUGCUGGCUUUUUGUCCGCUGCACAUUUACAGAGUCACUUAUUUCCUGUCUGCAGCUGUGACACUCUUGGUCUGUUCUUGCUACUUUUGACCUCCCUACGAACUUUAAACGUGAGUCUGCACUGAGAUUAAAACAAGACCUGGGCUUUGUAUAAAUUCAGACCAGAUUAGACCAAAACAGCCUUAGAACCCUCUGUGUGUUCAGUGGGAUCACAUGGACUAGUGACAUCAGUGGACCAGCACAUCUGGAGUCAUGUGACUUGUCAUUUGUUAUCAUUUGUAGCUUCUGUACAGGGUAUUAUACUUGUUAAUGGUGGUAUGUCUGUAUUCAUGAGCAAUACCUCUUGUUCGUAAGGCUAGUUUCCCAGACACGUUAAGCCUCGGCCUGAACUAAACUAAGUCUAAGACUGUAUUUAAUCAGUGUGUGAGAAACUAGCCUGUACUGGUGUGUGUGUGGGUCUGUGUGGGAGUGUAUAUGUCUGAUUUAGUAUUAAUUUGUCAACAUGAAUUCAUAAUUGAUAGGGAUACACAAUAUACCGCUAUCAUUUCAGUCAUCAGUGGAUAUUAGAGGGUUUUAAAAUAAUUAUUUAUUUAUUGAUUUAUUGGUUUCCGGUAUUUCUUUUUCUUCAUAUUGCACAUUAUAAUUUCGGGAUGCCUAAAAUUCAUUUGUAGAAUUUCAGUUUUUAGUGAUUUUAUUUUUAACUAAUUUGUAAAAAUUGUAGAUAAUUUUAAUUUCAGCCAUAACACUUAUCAUUUAUCCAUAUAAGCCAGAAUUUUAGAAAUGGUGCCCUAUCAAUUGACCCCGUUUACUUCCUGAUCUUGUGCAUGAUUUAUUUUAUUUUUUUUAAUUUCUGUUUAAAUAUUGAGAAAUGAAGCAGUAAGAACACAUCUACAUUUUGCUCCAAUCCAGAUACAUGUUCAUUAUUUUAUUUUACGUAUUGAUUCAGAUCAUUGUGGUGUGGAUAGUAAAAGUCCCUAGUUUCAUAGUAAAUGCAUUAUAAGACCACUGGGAACUGUUUUGUUUGCUUACACUAAUGUUAUCACAUUCAAACAAGGCUUUUCUUUUUUCUGUUUCAUUGACUGAAGCCUUUGCUUCACUUCUGAUUCACAAUGUUCAACAAUUUUUAAUCACAUUACAGCAUUAUUUAACAAUUUGGUAGUUGAAAAUAUGCAGAAAAAUGCUUUAGCAAUUAAUUCCAGCCACUGCUAGUAUAAUAUCCAAUCAAGCUUUGCAGAUCUUGCAAAAAAAUUGUGUAUCAUAUACACAUCUAACAUGUCACAUUACGGAAGUAAAAUGGGUUAGAAAUGCAUUUUCAUGUUGACUUUUAAGGAUGUAAAAGCAGCUUUAGGUGUUUAAUUGGCUUUUCUGCAAUUCACAUGUCUAUGUGUGAGCGUGACUGGAUCUCUUUGCCUGUUCUAUCUUCGAUCUGUCAUUUCUGCCUUAAGCCAUUUAGCUUUGAAUACACAUGUAAUGCCUGUAGGUGCUGGAGUACCUCCGUGUUAGACAGAUCACUUCUUAUUAACACCCUUUUGCAUUAGCCGAAACUGUAAGGCGAGUCUGAGUAGCAUAACAUUCUGUCUGGAGGUGUUAUCUCGAGUUUCGCGAGGUGUGAUCACGGAACUGGACUGACAAGCAAUAUGAUAAUUUUAUAUCGUUGUGCACAAUUUGUGGUGUUGAAAAGACAUCACAGUUACAUUUAUGGUUAUGGCGUUUCUUAUAACCUGAGACAAAUUGUUAGAAACACUGCCACAGUCACAGUAGCCAUGAGAUUGUUGCUGUCUGCACAGCUUUUUUAUUUACAAAUUUUAUUAUUUUUUUUUUAUUGUAAUGUUUGAUGAAUGCUGUUGAUGGUCUGUCUGUGUUCCUCACACAUUGCUCAGCAGCAUCCAUCUGAUCCGUCAUCAUUUGAUCUGCUCAUGACGGAUUAUACUCUGAUUCAGGAUCGCUUACCUGAGAGCUGAAAUUAUACUUUGUCAUCCUGAAUCGAAUGAGAGAACGGUGCCUUUCUUGUAAUAUACCCCUGCUUCUCUGAUACCCAUUCGCGAUUUAACCUUCUCGUCAUUGAGGACGGAUGUUUGUCAGUCAGUCCAUCCAAGUAGUCUGAUAUUUAAAUCAGACGUCCUCCUCUCACAGGAUGUACUUGACCAAAAACACUCAUAUGGCACAAAAUUGUGUCUUCUGCACUGUGAAUGUACCUGAAUGUGUGUGUGUGUGUGUGUGUGUGUGUGUGUGUGUGUGUUUGAAUCAUUUUGCAGUGAGCUUUGAUGUUUGUUGUGUUUUUAUGCUGUGUUGCGAUCUUGCUCUGCCUCGUGCUAAAUUUGAGCUGUUUUUGUGGUGAAAGUGUGAAAGGCUGCCUUUUUUCUAUCAAUAUGAUUGUGACUGAUUGUUUUCAUUGGUGUUCACUGUGAUGUGCCACAAUAUUUGGAGGCCAGGAUCUGAUUAUAUGUCUCAAAGCAAGAACUAAUUCAGGGCCAGAUCUGUCCUGAUUAUGUAACAAUGAAGCCAAACGGAUCCAACAGCAACUCUUUAACACUGCAGCAAUGACAGCAAUGUUUGUAUUGAUGCUAGUAUGGUUUCUGCUGUGAAAUGUAAUGAAGAAUUUGCUCUUUUUGUUUAAUAGAGACUGUUGUUAUGUGGUUAAUAGCUCUGCUGUAGCAGCUAAAUAUUAAUAGGAAAGACCCUAGAGGAAUGUGGUUUUAUAAAUACACUACCAUUUGAAAGUUUGGGGUCAGUAAGACAUGAUCUUUUAAAUUUGAAAAGAAAUGAAUACUACAAUAGUCAGCAAGGGUGCAUUAAAUUGAUCAAAAGUGUAUCAAAAAGUGUCAAAAUUCAGUUUCAAAUAAAUGCUGUUGUUUUGAACUUUAUCCACCUUUUUCUUGAUGUAAAAAUGGGCGCGGCCAUUUGUAAAUUCUAUGGGUCUAGCUUCCGGUCUCAUCUGUGUCCAGCUAUUUUUAGCUGUACAAAACAGUUCGUUUUGCUGCUUGAUAUUGAAAAUUAGUGUGUCUUAUCAUAUUAUUUUAAUGUAUUAUCUUAAUCAUGAACACACUGGUUUGUAGUGCAAAACAUUUUACCAUUUACUGCACGUUGUUAUUCUCCUCAUUAUUUACCUAUAGCGGCUAAUGAACCGGAAGUCUCACCCAUAGGCUUACUUCCGCGUUGAAGAAAAAGGUGGAUAGUUAUCAAUAAAUUCAGAAGAAAAAAAAAGAAUCUUGGUUUCCGUAAAACUUUUUUUAAGCAGCACAACUGUUUUCAACAUUCAUGAUAAUAAGAAAUGGUUCUCGAGCAUCAAUCCAGCAUAUUAGAAUGAUUUCUGAAGGGUCAUGUGACACUAAAGAAUGGAGUAUGACUGCUAAAAAUUCAGCUUUGCCAUCACAGGGAAAAAUACAUUUUAAAAUGUAUUAAAAUAGAAAAUAUUUAUUUUAAAUUGUAAUAAUAUUUCAUAAUAAAUGCAGCCUUGUUGAGGAUAAGAAACCUUUCAAAAAUAAAAAAAAUGUUACUGACCCUAAACUUAUGAACCGUAUUGUAUGCCGUAACAGGUGAUUUGAAUUGAUUAAAAAAAUAAAAAAUUUAAUUGAAAUUUA